AUGGCUCUACAUGAAUGGGGGAUGGACAUCGUAGGGCCUUUGCCUCAAGCUAAGGAAAGAAGAAAGGAGGGAAGCACCAUUAAUUCGGAUAGCUGCUCAAAAGCAGAUGAGGAAGAGCUAAGAGUAAAUUUGGAUUUGAUAGAAGAAAGGAGGGAAGCACCAUUAAUUCAAAUAGUUGCUCAAAAGCAGAUGAUUGAACGAUACUAUAACAGGAAGGCCAACUUGAGGUACUUCAAAAUUGGGAACUUCAUCAUCAAAAAGGUGUUCCGGUCAACAAAAGCGGCAAACAUAGGAAAGUUGAGUCCAAAAAGGGAAGGCCCGCAUAGGGUUAGAGGCAUUGCUGGAAAAGGAGCAUACGAGUUGGAAACCAUGGAUGGCAAGGUGUUACCAUCACAUUGGAAUGCAUUCCAUUUGAGAAGUAUUACUUCUAAAAGAGGCUAA